GGACCAGCCCUUAAGGUGGAGGAGGGUUAUGGGGGGGACAGGGACUGGCCCUGGCGAGUUUUGGGGUGUGUAAGAGUUGUAGGAGGACCGGGGCUGGCAGUGGAGAGCAUCAGGGUGAAGAAGCACCAUGGAGGGGGCUCAGGGACCGUGCCCGGGGGUGUCCAAGGGCCACACGGGGACAGGGGGACUGUCCCCGGGGCGUCCCCGUGCCCAGCUGUACCCCUCCGCGCGCAGCUGAAGUGGUGCGCCUGGAUCGCCGUCUACUGCUCCUUCAUCAGCUUCGCCAACUCCCGCAGCUCCGAGGACACCAAGCAGAUGAUGAGCAGCUUCAUGCUGUCCAUCUCGGCCGUGGUGAUGUCCUACCUGCAGAACCCCCAGCCCAUGUCCCCUCCGUGGUGACGCUCUGCACCGGUGCCGCGUUGUAGCGCGGCCGAAAAAAAAUAAAGGAGCAGCUGUUGGA